AUGGCAGCAUUCUCGACUCGUAUGGAUUGGUGUCCAGAACUAGGUCAGGACAUGCUGUACGCACACCAGCUUGCAGCUUCUCAUCCAGGCGCACCUUACGGCCUCGACGAGCACUCACUGUUUGUUGGAGGUAUAUGUGAGCAUGAAGGUACCUCGACCAAGGUGUUUCACAAGCUUGGUCGGGCUGGGAUACUGGAUGAGAAUGGAAUCGUUCGGACAUACAAAAUUGAGGGCAAGAAAUUUCCGCACCAAGUCUCACUCCUUAGUCAGCCCAGACAACGUGAUCUAGUGAAUCUCCUGUUCUGGUGGGAAGAGGAAUGUCAACGUUUGCGCAAAUUGAACGAAGAAGAAAAGGAGCUCGGGUCCCAAAUCAAGAAGAUCGAACGCGCGCAUUAUGAUCCAGAUGCGGGCUGGUCAGAAGAUGAUGCGUUCGUGGAAGUUCUCAGGGAUGAUCACGAACGGCGUCAACUAUUGGACAACCUUAAGUUUGAAAGAGAAAAACUCAGAAUGAGGAUUAGACAACGCCCAAGCCAGCGUAGGGCGGAUAUUGAAGCUGGAACGGAUCAGCUCCUCUCUCAAGUGCAUGCCACGAGCGCAAACUCGCCGCGAAGGCAUACUGAGCCUGUUCUGCAUGGCUCAGUACCGGAACGGCAUGCAGAGCCGCAAGCAUACCGACCAUAA